AAUAACAAAAUGGAUCUCAAGGAUUUGGCAAUAGGAAUAGUGUUCUUACUUCAGAGCACAGUUGGAAUUCUGGGAAAUUUCUCUCUUCUCUCCUGCUACCUCAUCCGUUACUACAUUGAACAUACAUUAAAGACCACAGAUUUGAUUCUCAUACACCUGUUCAUAGCCAACUCCUUGAUCAUUGUUUCCAAAGGAACGCUAGAGACAACAGGGGCUUUGGAGAUGAAAGGAUUCUUCAGUGAUUUUGGCUGCAAACUUCUUUUGUAUAUUCAAAGACUUGGCAGGAGCAUGUCCAUUGGUACUACCUGUCUCGUGAGUGUCUUCCAGGCCAUCACCAUCAGCCCGAGUGACUCCUGUUGGAAUGGUCUUAAAGUCAAAGCUCCAAAGCAUAUCGGCCUCUUCACUUCCUUCUGCUGGAUUCUCUACAUGUCAGUAAAUAUGAUUUUCCCUGUGUAUACGUAUACCCAGGGGAACAGCAAAAACCUGACACCUAAGAGUGAUAUGAAAUACUGCACCACUGUAGGUCAUGAUAAUCUCACAGGCUUAUUGUAUACAGCUUUUUUUGUUUUUCCUGAAGUUUUGCUUUCUGUCCUCAUUAUCUGGUCCAGCAGCUCCAUGGUUGUCAUUCUGUACAGGCACAAGCAGCAGGUUCAACAUAUCCGUAGUACCCAUGUUUCCUCCAGAACAUCCCCCGAGUCCAGAGCCACCCAGAGCAUCCUGGUCCUUGUGUUCACUUUUCUAGGUUUUUAUGCCCUUUCCUCCAUCUUACAAGGUUGCAUUUCUCUCAUAUAUAAUCCUGGUUGGGUGCUGGUGAACAUCACAGCCAUCAUUUCAAUGUGUUUUCCUACUGUGGGCCCCUUUGUUAUGAGCCAUGAUACCACUGUGCCAAACUUGUGCUAUUCCCGAGUAAGGAAUCCAAAGAUCCCAUAA